AUGAGUUCUUACUAUCCUAGAGGAGGUGACAAAAGGGGGAGAUACAACAACAAUAACAACUACAAUCAAGCUAGAGGAUACAACGACGGUUACAACAACAAUAGCAACUACAAUCAAGCUAGAGGAUACAACGACGGUCACAACCACCACCACAACAACACUUACAAUCAACCUAGAGGAUACAAUGGCAGUCACAAUAAAAAUGACAACCAUGAUUCAGUAAUAACGUGUGCAUUCUACAACAAGAUAGGAGCCUGUCGACAUGGUGAAAAAUGUUCCAAAAAACACAUCAAACCAACAACCAGCAAAACUCUAUUACUAGCCAACUUGUAUCAAAACCCCAAACUAAACAAGAAUGAAACCGAAGAACUAACAGAGAAACAAAUUCAAGAACAAUUUGACCUCUUCUAUCAAGAUAUUUUUAUACAUUUGGGUUCUAUGGGUGAGAUUUAUGACUUGGUUGUAUGUGAGAAUGAAAAUAAUCAUUUAAAUGGCAAUGUCUAUGUUCAAUUCAACUCGGCCCUGGACGCAUCUUUAGUGAAUACCGCGCUCAAUCAAGAAUGGUUCAAUGGUCGACCUGUACAUUCAGAUUUAUCACCAGUUGAUAGCUUCCCCGAUGCUCAUUGUCGUGCCUAUGAUACAAAUUCAUGUGAGAGGGGAGAAAUGUGCAAUUAUAUGCAUAUACGGCAACCUACGACAUCGUUGAAGCAGCUGUUGUAUAAAGCGCAGGAUAAGAUGUAUAGUGGAGUCAAAUUGGAAAAACUAAAGAAACAAUUGAGUGAAAUGCAGCAACUGGGAGCAGAAACUGUGGUAGUAAGUGUCAACGCUGAAGGAAAAGAAGAGGAGGGAGAAGAAGAGGAAGAGGAUGAAGGGGGUAAUGUUCCUAAGCAAGAUGCUAGUAAAUUACUCAAUCUGCUUUUCUGA